UUUAAUUUAUUUUCUCUCAUAAAUCCCCAAGAAAUAAGCUUUUUUCAACAACACCUACCACAAAGCUGGUAGUAAGGCGAUAACGAUGAGCGAAUCAAAGGAGAAGGGCGGAUGCAAGUCCGGUUGCUGUUCUCCUCAACCUAAAAUUGAACCCAAACCUGAACCUGAACCUGAAGUUCAGAAGAACAACGACAGCUGUGCCUCAGGUUGCUGCGCUGGCGACAAAACCUCGAAAACUGUUGAAGAGGACGACUGCUGCAAGCCAUCAAUUGAGGAAGACGGCUGUCAAUCUGAUGACGAAUGUUGCAAGCCGGCGAAGCCAAUUGAGGAUUCCGGUUGCCAGGAUGGAUGCUGUAAGCCUAAGGAAAAGCCGAGCACCGUCGUUGAUACUUGUUGUCAACCCACGACCUCAAUCACGGCCCCCGCCUGCUCAAGUGGAUGCUGCGGACCCAAAGACGGGCAAGACGACAAGGACAGUUGCUGCGAACCUGCAGAGUCCAUCGCCGACGAUUGUUGCAAAGAUAGUUGCUGUGACGCCAAGGAAGAAGUGAAAGAUGAUUGCUGCAGCCCACCAAGUGAGGUUACACAGGACAACGAUAGCUGCAAAGAUGCAUGCUGCUCUACUUCUAAGUCUGAUGAAGUUGAGCCGUCUUGUUGCCAGGGUAAACAGAAACCAUGCUGCGACUCAACCUGUAUUGACCGACUCGUCCUUCGAGAGACCUCUUUUGAGAAGCGAGGCGAUGAUUCGACAAUUAACUCUAGCCAGAAUUCAUCUUCUCCCAAGGCCAAGUCAAUCCGCGAAAGAUACGAGACUAGACUUGCUGCUCUAGGGUGUCUCUGCCGAGCACUCGUCGCUUUAGGCCAGGAGUCAUGUUGCGCAACUUCCGAACUUUCCUCCGAGGAAAGAAAGCGUGGUCCCAAGAAAAGCGUCAGACGACGAUCUCAAGAGAAACUUGCUUCAGCAUGCAACUCGAAAUCAGGAGGUUGCUGCUCAAAGCCCCCGAAGCGAAAGCCUUCGCCUUCAGGAUCCCAACGUAGCAAGUCUUGUAAAAAGGGCUGUUGUGGUGGAACAAAGGAGAAUAUCAGUAUCACGCCCGUAGAUGAUUGUUGCUCCGGAGGUCCAGCCCCUGCGAAAAGUAAAUGUCAGCAGGAUAUGGAUAUCAUUGCCGACAAAAAAGGGAACGAAGACAUUAGAAUUACCAGUCUUGAGAAGGGCCUAUCUGGUACCGAAAAUGUCGUGAUUGGCAUUUCGGGAAUGACCUGCACGGGAUGUGAGACCAAACUUCGGCGAACGUUGGGUGACGUUAAGGCUUUGAAUAACCUCAAAACAAGCUUGGUCAUGGCUAGGGUCCAGUUUCAACUGGACCUUAGUCUAGCGACACCAGAAGAUGUCAUGAAACAUAUUGAAAGAACAACCGAGUUCAAGUGCGAGAGAAUUGUAACCCACGGAUCGACGCUCGAUGUUAUUCCUCAUGGGGGAGCGAAAGAGUUCAUGAAGCAAUCUCUGCCUCUGGGGGUAGAAAACUUGGAUCUCAUCGAUGACCAAACUGUUCGCAUCAUUUUUGACCCAGAAGUUAUUGGGGCUCGGGACCUUAUUAAUAAGGGAUUUGAUACUCCUCCAAAUCUUGCCCCUCCGCAAGUCGACCCGUCCCUGGCUGCAGGAAGCAAGCAUGUACGACACAUGGGUUGGAUGACCUUGCUAUCAGCAGCUCUGACUGUGCCCGUCCUGGUUUUGGCUUGGGCUCCAUUGGAAGAUCGCCCUGUUACAUAUGGCAGUGUGUCUCUAGCCUUGGCCACCAUUGUUCAGGUCGUCAUUGCAGGACCAUUCUACCCCAAAGCCUUGAAGAGCUUAGUUUUCUCCAGGGUUGUAGAGAUGGAUCUUUUGAUCGUCUUGAGUACCACUGCGGCAUAUGUAUUCUCGGUAGUUUCGUUCGGAUAUCAAGUGAGUGGGCAACCUCUCUCGACAGGUAACUUCUUUGAGACGAGUACCUUGUUGGUCACUCUGAUCAUGGUUGGCCGGUGGGUCAGCGCCCUUGCCCGCCAGAAGGCCGUGGAAUCCAUCUCUAUUCGUACCUUACAAGCUUCUACGGCGACUUUGGUUUCUAGCGAUGGUACCGAGACCGACAUUGAUACUAGACUACUCCAGUACGGGGAUAUCUUCAAAGUCGCCCCUCACGCACAGGUUCCUACAGAUGGCGUCAUCCUUUCUGGAGUAACAGAGACAGACGAAUCAAUGCUGACAGGUGAAUCGCGCCCUGUUGAGAAAAAACAAGGUAGCACGAUCAUUGCUGGGUCUCUCAAUGGCUCUGGUACCAUCACAGCACGUCUCACUAAGUUACCUGGGGAGAACACCAUUAGUGCUAUCGCAGGAAUGGUCGAUGAUGCCAAACUUUCUAAACCCAAAAUCCAGGACCUAGCUGAUCGGGUUGCAUCGUAUUUUGUCCCAGUUAUCAUUUCCCUGACCUUAAUAGUAUUUGUUGCCUGGAUUGGUGUAGGAAUCCGCAAUCAAGGAAAAUCAGGAAACGACGCUGUCGUACAGGCGAUAACAUACGCUAUCACUGUCCUUAUAGUAUCUUGCCCUUGUGCUAUAGGCUUAGCUGUUCCUAUGGUAAUUGUUAUCGCCUGCGGUGUUGCGGCAGAGAAAGGGCUUGUCUUCAAGACAAGUGAGGCUGUGGAAAUAGCCCACAAGACUACACAUAUUGUGUUUGAUAAAACUGGCACAUUGACACAUGGAAAGCUCUUUACAGCAACCGAAGAGUACCUAUCAGAAACUCAAAAGGUUGUUGCUCCGAAGAUCUUAGGUCUCUUAGCUAAUAUUAACCACCCGGUAUCAUCUGCCGUCGCAGCUCACCUGAAGAGUCAGGGUGUCCACGCUGUCAAGGUUGACGAAAUUCAAUCUCUUCCAGGCAAAGGGGUCCAAGGUAAAGUCAACGGAAUUUCCAUUCAAGCCGGCAACCCCCACUGGCUUGGACUUGAAUCCCACCCCGUCGUGCAAGCUGCGCGCUCGAAAGACUUCAGCACUUUCUGCGUAACUAUCAACUCGGAACUCCAGGCCGUCUUCGGCUUAACCGACACCGUCCGCCCGGACGUACUCGUCACCAUCGCGGAACUACAGAAGCGAAACAUUUCCGUGUCGAUUCUAAGCGGUGAUGAUGACAGAACCGUCGAGGCCGUAGCUGCCGCUGUGGGGAUUCCUAGGGAAAACGCUAUCUCGAGAUGCUCACCCGCCGACAAGCAGGCUUACAUCCAGAAACUCCUAGAAACGGGAAGCCAGAACAGCGACAAGAAAAAUCAAAAGAAGCCAGUCGUCGUCUUCGUAGGCGACGGCACCAACGACGCCGUAGCUCUAGCGCAAGCUACCAUCGGCGUGCACGUCAACUCGGGCGUCUCGGACGUCGCCCAGUCCGCCGCCGACGUCGUGCUCAUGCGCCCCGACCUCGCCGGCGUGCUCGCCAUGAUCGAUAUCUCGCGCGCUGCCGUCCAUCGCGUCGUGUUUAAUUUCGGCUGGAGCGCCGUUUAUAACGUCUUCGCUAUCUUGCUCGCCGCCGGCGCGUUCGCGGAUACCGGUAGGGAGGUCAGGAUCCCGCCGGAGUUUGCGGGGCUUGGGGAGCUGGUUAGUGUGUUGCCGGUUAUUGUCGUUGCUGUUAGUUUGCGCUGGGCUAGGGUUUAGGGGCCGUUUUGCUGGUGUGCUUGUGGGAAUGUGUGAAGAUGGAUGGGUGAUGGGAUGAUAGGAGGGUGGGAUCUACGCUCGCCAUUGAGGCUACGAGGAAGAGAUAGCUGGGAUUUCGGGUCGAUGGUUUAUGAUGAAGCCCCUAUUCGCAAGGGCAAUAUACGGAUUCUAUAUCCGUGAAUUUUCUUUCUUUGCACCUGGUCUUGAGGUGUCUACUAUCUAUGGGAAUGCAGAUUGUGGUUGACUUUAUUCCGAUGAGUUUAUUAAACACAUCGCAACUUAACAUAACACAAGAUAUAGCUGGCUUAGGUUUGCGAUGAAUAUAUUUGUUAUUUAUCGUGGCUAUAAUUUUACUGGAUGUCUGGAAAGACUAGUGUUGUGAG